ACUCACACGUGUGUGAUGUCUGCAUUCGCGUCCAGACGAAUUUUUAAUUCAUCUCCCGCUGCAGUCGUCGGUUACAUCAACAGCAACAACAACAACUGCAGUCCGGCGGCGCUGUAUGUGUGCAGUGUCGCGCGUCUCGCGGUUUUUUAUGACUGGAGAGCGACAUCGCGGUGCGCAACGGUAUUGGUGCUGUCUGUCGAGGAGAAUCGCGAAAACGGGAGAGAGAGCGAGUGCAUAUAUGAAGAGAGGGCUCUCUCGCAGGACGAUUUUGGCAGAGUGUGUGAAGAAUCGACGAGGGGUUCGCGAUGCGGUGAACGAGUUAAUUGAAGAGUUCGCGGUGUCGAUUGAUAGUGGACGGUGUUGUGGAGUGGUAGUUCUGGGAAGCGCUAGGGUUUGAUAGGGUUUUGAAGGAAGUUGGACCUGUGGUUGAAGUUGGAGUUGGUUUGAGGGCAGAUAUUGCUCUCUCGUCGUGGGAAACUCGCUGGAAUUGCGCAAAAAUAUCGAUUUGCAAAAGUGGUUCCCUCUCGCUCGCACAGUUUCGCGCACCAACACAUGGAAGUGGGCUGGUAGUGGUGCAUCCGCCAUAAGUCGCGGCGACGGAUCGGCCAGGGAGCCCAUUGUCGAUGUGUGAUUGUUUUGUCUAGCCAGGUCGUCGUCGUACUCCGCGCCGCGGGUAUGUUGGUAUAGGGUCGCGCACGUUCUCCGCUCUCCCGCUCGGAGAGAUCUAUACGCUAGCGUGUGUGCGUGGAUAUACAGGCUACGCUCCGCGCUCAACGGGGGCCUCCUCAGCCAGCAGCAGCAUAAUAUAGCGAAAAAUUCUCUUUCGAAAAGGUUCAUCACUCGCGCGUCAGACAUGUUUUGUUAGACGAACGCAAAGGUUCUGUUUAGUGGUGUCGCGCGCGAGCGAAGAUCGGACGGAAGUUCUCAGCACAGAACAGUGGAACCGGGAGCAGGAUCGCGGCGCGAAGCAGGAGUAGUGGAACGGAGUGAUCAAAGAGUGCAGCAGCAACGCUGCAAAAGAAGAUGCAAAGGGAGUAGUAACGGCGGAAACAGUAGUUACAGAACGAUACGCGCAAGGAACCUCCGCCGUCGGGUCGUCGGAACCGAUGGCAAGAAGUAAAUUGGGUUUGCGAACGACGACGACGACGGUCGAGUGAGCGACGACACAGCGCGAGAUUCGCGGACAGAAAAUAGAAUCGAUACAUACAAGCGGCGACGGACAAGGACGGACGGACUCGAAGUGCAAAUUUCGCCGUAGCGUUAUGAGCGAGAUCUUUGAUGGAUCGCCGUCGUAGCCGUGGUCGGUAGACACUGGUCAGUAAGGUCAGCGCAUGGGACCGGACCGAACCAGCGAUAACCGAGGCGCGUUCGCGAAUAGUUUGCCGCUGUGUGUGACAAGUCUAGAGAUACACACAGGCAAGCCGUACGUUGCGUAAGUGCAACUCUCGUCGGUCCCAAAAAUUCGCCGAAAUUGUGUGUGGUGCGUCCGCGACGGAAACGCAGCAGCAACCCGUCGUCGUCGGUGAAGAGCGAGAGCAGGGGCGUCGCCGCCUCCUUCGUCCCGUGCGGUGUACUGUGUGCAGAAAACAGUGGAGAAAGGAAAAAUUGAAGUAAUUUUAGUGCCAAUUAAAAUUAAAAGUGCGACGUCGUCGGGGGGCAAGAAGCGACCAGGAGACCGUGUAGAGAAGAAGAGAGAGGGGAAUUUAGCAGAUUCUUGGCACAUGGUUUCCGCCUGGGCAGUAACACGCCGACGACGUCCCGUUUUUGCACAGAGUCUCGCGGGUUGACAAAUCGUGUCUCGACUAGAGAGAGAGAGAGAGAGAGAGCGAGCGCGCGAACAAGUGCGCAAGAAGAGGAAGAGAGACGUGAGUGCGUCAGCGAAGCGGUUCCCCGAGUUAGCCGGAGACGAAGAUCUCGGUGAACAGGUGCAGCAGCGCACGCUGGAAGAAGAAUCGGCUGGAAUCGCGCGCGCCGGAAGAGAAUUCAGUGAGGCCAAAAGGAGGGAGUACACGGUUGGGUACAGAAGCAGUCAAAGAAGCGGAACCGAGGCCGGGGUCCGUGUGUGCGUGUGUUACAGAGGCGGCAAGGCCCGAAAAUGUCUAGCGAAUCGUUUCGUCUAAUUGGAAUGUUGCAAAAAUAAGCCUCCCUUCCCGUUUCCUGUCUGUCUGCGUGUUUUUGUCUGUGCGUACCGAAAUAUUCUCGGGGAUUCGGAGGAUCGUAAACAACGUGAGUGCGUGCGUGAGCGUGAGGAGAGGGAGAGAGAAGAGCGAGGGAGAGCAGUGCCGUGAAGAUAAGUGAAAUAUAGAUAUAGGAAGAAGUUAUGGCAGCGUCUGAGUCGUAAAGGCCCGUAUCGAGCGUGUUUUGGGCGUAGAAGGGCGGAGAAGUUAGAAGAAGCUUGAAAGAAGCAAGAAAAACACGCGAAGAAAGCGAAUGUGUUUGUGCGAAAAGGAGAAAAAGUAUAAAAAUAUAUAUUAAGGAAUCUAUUUAUAAUCGAGAAGCUUGCUAUUUUCGCGCGCGGCGCGGUCUGUCACAGUUCUCGGCGCUCGCGACGUCGGCUUCGAGAGCGUUCAGAGAGGGCAGCUACCACAAGAAGAAAACAGCAGAGGAAACGCAGAGCAAGAUGACAGAGUACGUGCCGCCGCAGCUGAUCACAGUGCUGAAAACGUACCAGGAUAAUGCACCCAAAGGGCUGCACGGCCCAGGCUUGUCCCUGGUGCACCCGAGCAAGAGCGGAGGAGCUGGCCCGCCGCGGCCGGAGACACCCGAGUCACACCAUGUCGGAAGCGGUGCCGGCCUGGUCACCACCGAGAACGGACUGAUCGUCCAGCCCAUCACGGGUCCACUGCCGAUGCCGUCGCAUCCGAUCAUGACCACGCCGGAUCCGGACUGCGGCGUGGUCCAGCUGACCACGCUCGAGGGCAAGAAGAUCGGCUGCUUCCUGCUCGGCGGUGAAAUGCGCCUCUGCCUGCCCCAAAUCUUCAACAACAUCCUGAUGGAAUUCUCCGUUGAGCAAAUCAACCGAAGCAUCCAGGAGCUCAUGAUCUACCUGUACAACUGCACCGAUCAGCAGCUGCAAGAGUUCAAGCGGGCCAACAUCAUCCCGGACACGGCCAAAACGUGCGGACUCAUAACGCGAACCAACGCCGAACGGCUCUGCAGCUACAUGCUGCACCAGGCAGAUCAGAUCCGACCCCGCAAAGGCACCACCCUCACCAGCUUCCGGGUGUACCACAAGUGCUUCGGCAAGUGCGAGGGCAUCUUCACCGUCGAGCUGUACUCGUACAAGGAGCCGGCCUGUAUCGAGUGCUGCGAGUGCCAGGGCAUGUUCUCGCCCCAGAAGUUCGUCUGCCAUCAGCACGACCGCCAGGAGAACCGAACGUGCCACUGGGGCUUCAACUCGAGCAACUGGUGCGCGUACAUCCACGUGGCGCUCGACGAGGACAACCGCGAGGCGUUUGCGAAGAUCCUCGAGGAGAUCUGGAGCGGCGAGCGGGAAACGGAGACGGAGCAGGAGUACUGGAUCGCCAAGCAAAAGGUCAUCGACGACGAGUCCGCCAUGGUGACCAUCAAGACCGAACCACUGAGUGACAUUCCACUGAAGAAACCAAAGCUAACCAACGAACCCUCCCUGUACCAGUGCAGCCGGCAGGCCCCCAGUUCAGCAUUUCGUCCGUGGACGCAGAAGCGGCGCCAGGAGUACGCCCAGCAGCAGCUCCUGCUCCAGCACAUGGUGUACCAGAGCAACGGACUCAUGAACGGCGUCGUGGGCGGUCUCAGCCAGGAGCCGCCGGUGCUACAGAACCCGGAAAGCGUCGUACGGCUCUCGGAGAGCGACAAGUUCGAGCGGAGCUUCCAACCGAACGUGGCCCUCGUGCCGCGGAAGACGAUCCUGUGCAAGGAGCGGGAACGGGAGAGGAUCAACGAGCGGGAGCGGUUACCAGCGGACCCAAAGGAUCGGUCCGUGAUCAAGUGCGAUGUGCAGAUAAAGCAGGAAAGUCCACCUACGCCGCCGGCCACCGGUGACGUGAUACGAUCGGUGAUCAAGUGCGACGUGAAGAUCAAGGAGGAACGACCUUCGACGCCACCGCAGGAAAUGUCGCCGGGGCCACGAUUGGCACCGUGUUCAUCACCCUCACCGCCACUGCCUCCGCUCGGCACUCCGGCAGCAAUGCUCGGAGGUGGCGGCGGCACCAUCAAGUCCGUUCCCAUGCCAUACAGUCCGGUCACUGACGUGCACUCGGGAUCGAACGAAAUCACCUCAUCCACUUCACCUGUACCUCCUCCGGUCAACAUGACCACCACCACCAUGAACGGUUGCAUCGCGGACAAACCAAAGCUGAUCAUCAAAGAGCAGAUAAGUCCACCGUCACCGCGUCGGACGCCUCUGCUCAACGAAGAAAUGCACCACCAACAUCAACGAUCUCACCCGCAGGCGGCUGUUAUCCUGAAAAAUGGUGGUGGACCAAUCGUAGCGCCGGGUGCGCCCAUCGCCGGCAAUCCCGAGUUCGAGCUGUCCACCGACACUGACGACGACAGUCUCGCUGGCGAACCGGACAGCAGCAAUAACUCGAUGGCUCCGCUGGAAAUCAUCGCCGAACUUAUGAAGGACGUCGCACACGAAACGCGAGAUCAGAUCUUGCACAUCCUGAAACUGGUCAUCCAGGAAACGACACAACUUCGGAACGAGCACCUUAGGCUACUAAAGGACCACGCACACCGAGAGGACAUAAUCGCCGACCUUCAGCGCGACAAAGAACACCUCGAACAGCAAGUGCACCAGCUGCAGCUUGAGUUGAACCGAUCGCUGAUCAAAUAUGCCACCUCGGAAGCGAACGCACUGCAGAUGCAACAGCAGCACCAGCAAGACCUGGCCGUCGCAGUGGCCGCCGCCGCCGCAGCUUCCGCCUCGUCCUCAACACCUCCCUCACCUCUCUCGCUCGCUUCCAACAGCAGCAGCAGCCAAAUCACGGUCGAAAAGAUCGAACGACGGAACAGCUUCCCGGAAAAGUCCGAGGUGAUCAUGAAACCGCUGAAGAAAUCCCUCCGUCGCAGUCCCGACGACUCUGUGCUCAUGCUGCAGUCGCCACCGCCCCCGCUACCACCACCUCCGGUCAUGUCGCUUCCGGUCAGUCUGUCAAUCACCGCCGCCAGCAAUCUCAAACUUCCGGUGGAUCCGCUCCAAACCAGCCACGAGCACGAUGACAAACCACCUCCGCCAACGCACCACCCGAUCGCCGCUUCGCCAACGACCAACGGAGGUGCUGCCAACGGCGUCAUAACGUCGCCCAGGCCCCCCUCACGACCCCCGUCGUCGGCCUCGACGGCGUCCAACACUUCCGCCCCAGUACUGGAGAAUGGCCUGACCGGCAAGAGUCAACCGUCGAGCAAGGAGCCGGCGGCCAAGAGUUCCGGUAACUGAUAGUUGAUCAUCUACCUUUGCUGAGAAGGAAACAGGGGACAGGGCGCUGCGCUUUCUGGGGGCAGCAUCUUUCCGCCGGUCGGGAGCCAAGAUCCGUACUAGGCAGUUGGGCCACGUGCGCGGGUGGACAUCUUCACUGAAAUCUCAUUUUUGAGUAAAAGUUCUACGACAAAGUUGUAGAAACGGAGAGAAAGAGAGAGGGGCAAGCACUCUCUCAUGUUUACUGAAAUGCGAUUCUCUCUGAGAGUAAUGUCAUUUGAUAAAAGAGAGAAAUUUCUUCUCAAUUUUGCUGAAGGGUUCACAGAGAAAGAGAACAAAAAUGCGAUUCUGUCGCAGAGAGAGAAGAAAAUGAGAAGAUGUCCAUCUGCCGGCGCGUGGCGCAACGCGCUGUACUUCAGUCCACUGCAAAAAUUGGCCACGUGCAUUGUAAUUAUUAGAUUUUUCAAGCUUCAUUGUCGAUAUUUUCCCACCAAAUAAUUUCUGUUUGUUCUACUUUUAAGCGAAAAAAUAAUACACACACAAACUCAACAAAAGUAAGAAACCAUUAGGUUUAGAUUGCGCCAACUAAAACAAGAAUAAAAUGCUGAUAUAGAAAUUGUUUCGGAAAAUCAAUUGAAACCAAUAAUUUACUACGAAUAAGUUGCGUUCGCGCAGUCAAAGCAGAUUCAAUGCGAAACAAAAUUCCACUCAAGAGACUCUAAGUAAAACUUUGAGCAAGAAAGAUGCAUGCGAAGAAUAAAACCUUUAGUCCACUCGUACUAAGCAGCGAAUAAACAAGAAAAAAAAUCAAAUCGAAAAUUACUAGCGAGAAAAGAUAGAGCAAAAAAACGCAGGAGGUGAAAAAGAAAAAAAGAUAAUUUUAACCACUAAGUGGUUCUCAAAACACACCAACCAUCUUGCGUAGUGACUUGUAUAAAGAUUUAAACCUUGUUCAAACACACACACACCCAUGGUUCUAUAAAAUAAUAGCCCCCCUCUUGUAAAUAAGCUGUAAACAAAGUGUAACUUACCUCCAUACUUUACAAGUUUUUGUGUUCUGUUUUCGACAAAAAAAAACAUUUUUCUUUCUUUUUAGAAGUCAGUUCAUCCUUAAAACCACAAACACUCACAGAGACACUCAAGCACACACACAAACACACGUAAUUGUAAUUGUAAUUGUACAGUCGGUAAUAACUAGCUAAGUACUAAAAUGUUUUUGUGUUAAAAAUACAAAACCCCUCACACAAAACGAUUUCUGUUGAUUUUACCAACGGAAUUUUCUUUCGAGUCCUUAAUAUUUUUGCCACACAAAUGGGAGGCAUUCAAAAUCCUCUUUUUAGCUGAGUUUAAGCCAGAAUAACAAACACACUUGCAAACAAAACCAAUAAAAACAAAGCAAAGAGAUGAAAAACUUUUCAAAAAAGUGUUCACUUAAAAAAAAUUGCGCUUGGUUUCUAAAAUCAAACGGCGCUCGUACUCCUUAGUAACAAAAAAAAGCAUAACUAACAACGUUUGUCGACUACCCUAACUAAUUUAGUCUUCGAGAAAGUGAGAAAGUACUCUCAAAACCGCCAUCACGGUUCUCUUUUCAAAAAAGACCAACCGACCGACUUCAGCGAGACAUCCUUAACUGUAGUAAGUCUUAUUUCUUUUCCUUUUUAAGUUGUUUUUUGAUCAGGCCACAAAUAUGAUAUUGAACUUUUCUAUUUAUUUAUUUAUCCUCGUACGCGAAGGCGUACUAUACAAAUGUUUUUUUUUUUUUUUUUGGGUAUUACUUGUAUGGUUUAGUCAAACAAAACAAAAAAACACUGCUGUUCUUUUGUGAUUUUGAUUUCUUUCGAUAAAAACAUGCACUAGAAGAAUAAACCACAAAAUGCAAUUUUAUACCGUACUGUUAGUCGUUUAGUUCUAUAAUUUUUAAACAAAACAAAACAAACCACACACUGCUCUGUUUCUCCUUCUUUUAGAAAAAAACCAAAAAUAAAACAAAAUUAUAAAUCCUAUCAAAAUUAGCGAUCAAAAUUACCUGAAUAAAAAAUUAAAUGAAAAAACAUUUGGCACUGCUGCGAUUCAAAUUUUUGCAACCGGUUCAUGCACACAAACUAUCGUCACUCACUCACAAUCAAUCAAACAAAAAAAAUGUUCGGAAGUUUGCUGGUUUUGGAAGCGAUUUCGGUCCACUGUUGGGUCUAUUAACGCACUUGAAGCAUUUCCAGAGCUUGAAAGCCAACUCGACCAGCUCUAUUCGAAGUGUCAAAAUCAGCUGCUGAUUUUGACACUCGAAUUUAGCUACUCUGUCUAUGUAUGGGUGUGGAUUUUGUAAACAAACUUACACGCGCGAGAUUGCUUGCAGUGCUAUUUUGUUUGCUCUGGGAGAGAAGCUCAUUACUCUCUCUUUCCUUCUUUUCCAACACGCUCUCUCGCUCUGCUUUGCAGAACUUUUGCGAGAGAGAAUAAAACUGCACAUUGAAAAAACGAGACUUGCAGAGCAAAGAGUUUCUCAAAUUCUUCAAGUAUGGAAAUAGACCAACAAUUUUACAAUGAUUUUUUCUUAUCUUUUUUCCUCAACUGCCCACGAUGCAACACUUUUAAAAAUGUCGAAAAUUACACUGCAAAUAUUUGUAUUUUCUGUUCACAUAUACACAAUGCAAGAAUAACGCAAUGAUUUAGAUAUUUCGUGUUUUUAUGAGCAAAACGGCAAACAUAUGUAAACAAAAAAAGAACGAUAUUCAGAAUAAAACAUGGUGAGAUUAACAGGUUUCUUUUGCCAUCAGAGGAGCUUAGUGUAUUUUUUUAGGAAAUUAUUCUUAUCGAAGGGAAAAGCGAAAACUUUUGCUUUCUUAAGAAGACAAAAUUGUGAAAAUGUGCAACUACUGAUAAUGGUAUAUAAAAUUUAUUUGUUUUGUUUUUUUAAAGAACAAACACUAUGGAUGAUUAAAAUUCUAAAGCAAGUGUUCACCAACAGCGCCACGGUGGGGAAGUUGCUGAAUAGGGUAUCGCAAAUAAUGGUGGUAUUUUGAAACAUUAAAGGGCUUGACUACAUAAAUUGGAUGCGAGCCUAUGACGUUACCAUUAGGUUUAAGGAGGUAUUACACUACAUCAAGCUUUGUUUGACAGCCUAGACAAUAAAUGUUUGGCAGUGUGACUGCCUGUCAAACUGGUGUUUGGCAAACUCGUGAACAAGGCAAAAUGCAAAAUUUCUGAAGAUUUAGCGACUCCGACUCCGACUCAAUCUCUCAAAAAAAAAACUCGACUCCAACUAGAUCGAAUACUCCAGUACAAAGUUGUUAAAAAUUAGCCGACAUCAACUCCGACUCCAACUUCUAAAGAUUAAGCGACUCCAACACCUAUUCCGGGACCUCAAAAGUGCUUCGCUCCAUCGACUCCGGCUCCAAACCCCUGGAUUUUACAAACAAGUUUGAUUGGCAGGCAAACUGUAAAACACAAAUAGUACACUCAACCCCCGGUGGUUGGUCACUCUUUCGUUUGACACUUUUUAGUUUGUACCCCGUUGGUUUGACAAAGUCAAACUAAAAAGUGACGAACUGUCACUUUUUACACGACGCUCACGUACACUUUCAAACCAAACCUUUGGUACCUAGUGUAUGUGAACUCCGUGUAAAAGGGGUGACAAACUUAAAGACUAAAAAGUGACCCCGUUCGUUUGACAACAAUCGGUGUCAAACCAUCGGGGUAUGAUGUAGUGUGAUACCUCUUUCACAAGUUAACAAAAAAUUGAUACCACGACUAUUGUCAGCCAAUCCCAAACAGUAACUUUCUGCACCGAGAAGAACAAACAAAAUACCAACGCAAAAAAUCAAAUGGCAUAACAAGACGAAAGCAAUUUUAACUUUAAGCAUAUACUAUUUUCAUAUUUUCACCGGGUCGAGAGCAAACAGCUCUUUCGUGAUUCUUUCGGAAAAAAAAGUGACGUUAAAAAUCGCUGCUGGUCGCUGAAUUGUUCCGGCCACGAAAGGGUUGCCCUCUAUUGUUUCGUAGUCGAUUACUCCUGAAGACUCCUGAUGAGAAAAAAGAAGUACAAAUUAGUAAAUACGCUUUAUUCACCUAAUCGAGCAUAUAUUUUGUCGACACGAGAAAAAGAAAAAGAUACACACAUACAUACAUACACACUCACACUUGAUAAAUACAGACACACACACAAACAAGUUAAUGCGAAAACGUAUUUUCAUACAAUAAACGUAAAAUGUACGUCAUUAUAGGUGAAAAUUACAUGUUACAUACUGAAGAAAACAACAAAAAUAAAGGUACAGAGAGAAAGUUAAUAAUAUUUUUAGGACAAUUGAGCGCACGUUGACCGCUAACGACAAUCUCCCGUUAGUAAUUUAUCGCCUUUCUAGAGGAAAAUGAAAUGAACAAAACGGACCCCGUUUCGAUUGCCAAAACGUCAAUCUUCUGCAUAGCUUGCAAUAAUUUGAAUCGACGCAAAACCAGAAUAAAAGCUCUAUAUUUUUGAAAUAAUUCACAGUAAAAAAAAACAAAUAAUCGGCACUUUUUGUAGAUGUUGAAAAUCGAAUGAAACUUUAACUGAUUGACGUUUCUGAACAUUUUUUAAAAACACAAAUCUGUAUAGAACUGAAAUUUGGUGCAGUCUCACCAAGCAGGAAGAGAGGAGCAAAACAUUCAUCCACUGUAAAAAGAAAAACAACUGUUUAUAGAAAUCGAAUUUAAUAGCAGCUAAUAGUUACUUCUUCUUUCGUUUCAUACCAUACUAAACAAAAUCAUAUGAACAUAGGAAACAAGUUAAAAAGAAAUACACUCUCAUAAACCUGACACUCUUCCUGUCUGGAUUGAAAAGUUAAAGCAAAAAGAACACACACACGCAUACAAAAUCAAUUUGAUAACUGUUUAUCUACAAAAAACAACAUAAAUAAAACAAUACUACAAACUACAACCAACAAGAAUAUGAGAAGGAAAUCAAAAGUCAGACAAAUUCUACUACUUUACGAAAAUACCAAUAUAUUUCUACAAAUUUUAAAAACCACACAGUCAGUGCAUAUAAAAUAGACGAGAAGACGGAAGCAAAAACAUACAAGUAAAUUUAAACUAGUUCGAUAACGCCACAAUUUAAAAGAUAGAGAAACCUAUGAAUAACAGAAACAAGAAGAAAAAACGAGUAGAAACUAAUAUUGUUGCUGCUAAAAGUGGCAAAAUAUGUGAAGGUGAAGAAAAGUACGUAAAACUCAUAACGAAAAAAAAAAACAAGAAAAAAAUAAACAAAACAAAGCAAACACAAACAGUAAGCGAGAGCAUGAAAACAGUGUGUUAUAAUUUUAAUAACUUUUAUUUUGGCUGUGCUUUUCAAAAAAGGAACUACUCUAGAGUUUAGUUUACGCGUUUAGUUUACAUUUUACAUACGAAUUUCAUACUCUUGCGUUAGGCCUACUCACAGUAAUAAGUUGCCCUUAAGAAUCUCGUUUAUAAGUGUCUAACAUCAACAGCAAAUAAAACAACAUCAACAACAACAGGAGAACAACAAGAACAACAAAAGUCAACUAAUUUAACUAAAACAAAACAAACUUAGGGUAGGAAUCAAGUGCAACACUUGGUUCGGUAAACUCAGCAUUGUCUGCGAGACGCGAUAGAAACAAACACAUACAAACACACACACACACGCGCGUGGGGACAAGGAACCGGAGACACUCCCCCGGGGGGCGAAACGGUCGAACCAACUUGGUCCCAUUUAUUUAUUUUUUAUAAUUUUAAUUUGUAUAAAUUUGCCAUUUAAAUGUUAUCUAGUAAUUAUAGCGAAAGGAAACACCUACAUUGAGGUAAAAACAUGUAAAAUAAAGCAACAAAACACAAUGUUUCAAACUUUACUUCAGAAUUAAAAACAAGAAAGAAACAGAAAAAAAAACGAAGCAACCAACAUAGAUUAACGUACUAUUUCAUUAGAGGAAAAAUAAAGGAAAAGGAGAAGCAAAUCACCCUUACACAACAAAAACAACCACACACACAAAAAACACAAAAACAAAACGCUCUGUUGAGACUAGCAGCAAACAGCAUAGUUACAAACGUAGAUUAAUGAAACAAGUACUAAAAUUAAUUGACUACUUUAUUAACUGCUACAGACACAGAGUAAGACAAACAACCAGAAGUAAUAAAAAAUAAACAGAAAAAAAACCACAAUGGAUACAUAAACACAUGAACAUAGUGAACCCAACGUUAAUAAACAAAACACACUCACUCACAAACACACAUACUGUAAUGAAGCAUAACGACGCGAAGGAUUAAACUGGAUAAUGAGACAUACAGUAACACAGCAAAUAAAGGGAAGAAGAAAAAAAAGUACCCUUGACGGAACAUUAAUGGUAGGAGCAAAAACAAACCACAAGUAAGAAAGAAAUGCUAAAAUCAUUAUGAAAAUAAUUUAAAAACCCAGAAAAUAAAUGAAUUAUAAAAAUGAUUAUUGAAAA